CAAUUCAUGAAUACGUAAUGGCCACAACAUGCAGAUAUAUGGUGCAGAGGACACUCCGUGCACUUGGAGCUCAUGGAAUUUCUUAUCGCCACAUAACCUCGACUUCAGGUCAAGGAAACCUUAUCGGGAGACCACAAGUGAAACACCCGAGCUGCUUCGACAAUUCCCACGCAUCCAACUCUUCGAUCACAGGAAGCAGCUCUUUGUCUUUUAGGAGUCACACCUGUGGACAACUGAGAUCUGAGCAUAUUGGAGAGAAGGUCACAUUGUGUGGAUGGGUCCAAUACCUGAGCAGACAAGACCUGUUUGUCAUUCUACGAGACUUCAGCGGCUUGACCCAAGUACUUAUACCUCAGCAGGAAGUAAGUGUUCCACAUGAUUGUAUUUAGUAUUGUCUUGAUUAUCUGGCGAUGGCCGUUUGAUUCCUGCUGACUUACACACACAC